AUGUAUGUGGGUGAGAGGAUCCUCCGUGCCAGUUUAGAAGGCGAUGCGAAGUGGCUGGAUGUCCUUCUCCUGGUGAUAAUUAAGAAUGCAUUCGGUAAAGGGCCUAGGUCGUGGCUUUGCCCAGAGGGUUUGGUGGUUGCGCUGUUGCUCGCUCUCCAGGCGCCGGACUUUCUCGAAGAGAAGCCUCAUUGCCGAGUCGGUAUGAGGGAGAGUCUCGGGUGCUGGAGGUCUGGUGUGUGGGUGGCCAUGGGCUGGGUAGAAUUCUUCGGACGCCUCGGUGUCAUAAGACUCGUAGUCUUCUAA